AUGGCGGAGUCUGCAGCCUGUCCUGGGUUCCGGUUCGGGGAGUCCCGCUACGACCAGAGCUCAUUCCUCGGUCGUCUGAGACAUUUUGUUGACAUCAUCGACCCCAGCACCCUGUUUGUUUCAGAGAAAAAGUUACGAGAAUGCAUCAAACUCCUUGAUGACCACAAACACGGCACUCUUCCACCUGGAGUAUCUGAUGAGCAGCUGUGGGACGCUCAGAAGAUCAAACAGGCCAUCAUUCACCCUGACACCGGAGAGAAGAUCUUCAUGCCAUUUCGAAUGUCAGGUUAUGUUCCAUUUGGAACGCCAAUUGUCAUUGGCCUUCUUCUCCCAAAUCAGACUGUGAUGUCUACCAUUAUAUGGCAGUGGUUGAACCAGAGUCACAACGCCUGUGUGAACUAUGCGAACCGCAAUGCCACAAAGCCGACACCAACGUCCAAGUUUCUUCAGGGCUAUGUUGGAGCUGUGACGAGUGCUGUCUCUAUUGCAGUGGGACUGAAUGUGCUGAUUGGAAGGGCCAACAAGCUGAGUCCUGCCACCAGAACGGUCAUCCAGAGAUUUGUUCCCUUCCCAGCUGUAGCGAGCGCAAACAUCUGCAACGUGGUUCUGAUGAGACACAACGAGCUGUCUGAAGGUAUUGAUGUGCUGGACACAAAUGGCAACGUGAUGGGAUCCUCCAAAAUCGCUGCAAGACACGCAAUAAUGGAGACGGCCUUCACGCGUGUGGUCCUUCCAAUGCCGAUCUUUGUCCUGCCCCCCAUCACCAUGUCCUACAUUGAGAGGCUGAGAUUCCUGCAGCGAAACCCCAGACUUCGCCUGCCCAUCCACAGCCUCGUUUGCCUGAUUACGUUCGGCCUCUCGCUGCCCGUGGCCAUCAGCCUGUUCCCCCAGAUGUCUCAGAUUGAGGUGUCUCGUCUUGAGCCUGAGAUCGCCAUGGCAACGGAUUGCAAAGUGGUGACCUACAACAAGGGUUUAUGA